AUGUCUACUGGUAGCCAAAAACAGAAGUGUAACUUAGAAGGACACGAGCUUAAGCAAUUUAUUGCUGUCUGUAUUAGCUCUAGUUGCCAUUAAAGCUAAAAAUUGAUAUGCUCUAAGUGUAUACUAGAAGGAUUACAUUCAAGUCAUCAAUAGGAAAUAAUCUACUUAAAGGAUUAUGUAGAUUAUGAAAAAUCUGAUAUUUUUGAUAUUCCAAUAUGGAAGAAAGAAGGUGAAGAAGUAUUCAAUAAAAUUUGUGAUUGGGUUCUUGAUGAAAACUAAGAAGAGAGAGAAGAGAAAAUAGAGGCUAUUUUUAGUGCAUUCAGAAAAAAUGUUAAUAUCUUAAUUGAUGAAGCUGAAAAAAAAUAUAAAGAAAGAUUAGGUAGAGACUCAGCUACUUUAUUAGAAUUAACCGAAAAGUUUAUACAAGUUAGUCCAAUAGUAGUUAUUUCGGAAGCUAUUAAAUAGUUAAGCGAUGAUCAAUUGGAUUAGAAUGAAUUUGAGAAGUUUUUAAACUAGAAAAUAGUUAAUUCAGAAGAAAGAAAGCUUUAGAUUUAAGAGUUGGAAGAAACCUUUAAUGAUAUAAUUAAGAUUGAAUAAAGUUUAAAUUUCAAAGACUUAAGCAAGUAGCUUGUUCAUGAAUUACCUUAGCUUAUGAAAGCUGACAAAAACUUGGACAUAUUUUCUCCUUCUUCUUCUCCAAAAAGAAAAUCUUCUAACAAUUAAGAUCAAGUAAUAAACAGUGGCAAUAAUUCUAAUGAUCAUGAAAAUUUACCAUUACUGAAAAAGUAAUCGUCAAGCUCUACAAAAAGAGAGAGAAAAAAAUUUUUAUUACUAGGAAAAAGUAAUAUUGGCAAAAGUACUCUUAUAAAUACCUUAAUACAUAGAGAAUUCCAACCUGAUAUAUCAGCUCAUAUACAAAGAAAUAUGGUAUAUGUCUAUGAUUUGGCUCUGUGCACCAAAAAGAUUUUAAUUACUUUGCAAGAAAUAUCUGGAGAUGAAGAGAUAAUACAUUAGAAUAAAAGUUUACUCAAAAAUGUUGAUGGAGUCAUAUUACUAUAUGAUUCUAAUGAAUCACUAUAAGAACUUGAUAAGUGGAUUACUUUAUUUAUCGAGUUUGGUUUACAUGCUGAUCAACAUAAUAAUUUCCCAUUUAUCUUAACAAAAAUAAUCAAAAAUGAAGAAAAUUAAGAAGUUUCAUAAGAACAACUUGAUAAUUUCACUAAAGAGCACUGCAUUCGUAGCUAAUAAUAAGUAGAUACAUCAAACCUUAACUCAAUUAUUAAUUUAUUGGAAAAUAUAUCAUAAAUAAUAUGA